AUUCUAACCACGCAUGCGAGGCUCUGGGAGUGCGCUGUGUUCCUCGGACACAGCGGAUCACCGAUCCACGGAAAGAGCCGAAGAUGUUGGCUUGGUCAUGUGAUCAGCUGUGUCCAAUCACAGCUGAUCACUGAUCAUAAUAGCACUGAUGAUCAGUGUGCCCUGAUGAUUAGUGUAGCCCCAGCAGUGCCAUCUGUCAGUGUCCAUCAGGCCAGCUGUCAGUGCUCAUCCAUGCCACAUGCCAGUGCCCAUCAGUGCCACAUUUCAGUGCCUACCAGUGCACAUCAAUGCCACAUAUCAGUGCCCAUCUGAACUGCCUUUCAGUGUCACCCAUCAGUGCCAGUCAGUGCCACCUAUCAAUGCCAGUUAGUGCCACCUGUCAGUGCUGCCAAUCAGUGCCGCCUAUCAGUGCCAGUCAGUG